AUCCUACAUUCUUUUUGCUAAUUCUAAAUUAUUAGAUGGAGGGGAGGGCCCAUACAUAUAUCCAAAACAAUAAACUAAUCAAAGACAAAAAAAUCUAUACAUACAUAUAUAAAUAUAUAGUUGCAUCUGUAGAUAUAUCUAUCUAUCUACUCCCGCAAGCUCCGUUUCUGCUUCACCAGGCGGCGAUGUCGGGCCGGCGCAGCCUCAUGCAUUUCGAACAACUCUCCCUUCCAUCGUUUCAAGUUGUAGUGAUCAACGCAGACGUGGGAUGCCGCCGGUGCCAACACAGAGUUUCUCAGAUUGUCUCCAAGAUGACAGGGAUCAAAGAAUACAUGGUAGAUGUGAGGAGCAAACAAGUAAUUGCUCGAGGAGACUUCAGAGAACAUGAUUCAAUGCCAAAAAUCGCAAAAGGAGCUUCAAACCCUAUAAAACUCUUGCUGGCUUCCAUGUUGGCCAUAUGCUUAUGCGGAAUUAAUUCCUUUUCUAACCAUUAAUUAUACAAUAUGCAUUUCAUUAAAGUCAAAGGCAUCCGUUUGUGUCCAAAUGUGGUCAAACAAUUCAUGUGAAAGAAAAAAAGCACACUUUUUCAGCGCCCAUAUUGCGGAUAAUUAUAAUUAAUAUAUGUGGUGCCCAAUAACGGUUGAAGAGGCCCAAUAAUGAUCUUUUUGCGUCCAAUAUAUAUAUAUAUAUAUAUAGUUAACAAUAAAUAAAAUAUGGUAAAAAAGGCCCAGUAACGGUUUACGAGAUCCAACCUAGGUACAUGUGACCGACUAAGAAGCGUACGAAAAAAGCCCAUUAAUGAUAUAAGUAAGGCCCUACACGUUUCAAGCCCACGAGUCGUCAUUUUCGCUGAUCGAGGAUGACAAUCUUCGGACAUUUUAUUUCAUUACAUGUAUUCAAAUUAAAACCGAAUAUUAUUCGAUUUAAUCCGUUGAGUUCAAAAUUGAAUUAUUAUUAUUUCCGACAUGCGCUAACGCUUAAAAUCUUUCAGUUCGAAGAAGAAGAAAAAAAAUAAAGAAUUGAGAAUGGCCUCAGAAUUGCAGAAUUAACAGCAAGGCUUUAAAGGAAAAGCCAUUCAGUCCCGAAAGAUGGUGUUUUAUGAGAUAUAGAUUUCAUCAAUGGCCAAACAAACAAGCAUGGGAGAUGUAUAUAUACAUGCAUAUGUGCGUGUAAGUAUAGGUCUCAUGGCCAGUCCCAGAUGGUAAAGGCAACGACGCUGCUACAUAAGGCGAUGGAAUAUGAGACCCCCGAUCGACCUCCAACGGAGAAGCCUCCCUUCGAGAGAGAGGCUCCGUCAACGCCUUCAUCGGCCUUUUGCUGUGUGACGUUUACUCGUAGGGUUAUGCAACCAUUCUUUUUUUUUUCUCCGGUUGCCCCUUUUUCGAAUAGUAUCCGAUUUCUUGGAGAGAAAUCACACGUCAACGUACGAAUCUUUGGAAAGAGACUUUAAAAGCAGAAAACCGAAAGAGAAGAUCGAAUGAAACUCGUAAAAGUAAGAGAAAACACAGGACGAAAGAUGAAGGAAACGACGAAAUCACAUUCGAGAUGUUGUUGUUGGGUGAGAGGGUGUUUAUAUACCCGAAAUGUGACGGCGGGCAGGGGGGAUAUUGUUAAACUCGUGAAAACCCUAGAAUCGCGUCGGCCCAUUACAACUCUUGACAAAGCCCAGUGGUUGCCCAAGAUUGAUGUGAACCGUUUUGGGAUUCGCCCGUUGUCCGUCUCCAUGAAAGUCCCCAUAAUUUGGUUGCUUUCGGUCCGAACGACCCGAUCGUCGGUUCUUACAUGUCGAGCCUGAAACUCUCGACUGAGUUCUGAAGAAUUAUAAUCACAGCUUACAAGGUCUUAUAUGAUCGUCUUAGCGAAACCCUUCACCCUCCGAUUUCAUGUUUUUCUUCUCCAGCGAGGCGACCUUCUGGUUGAAUCACCAGUUCUGGGUUCAUCCUUUCGUUUCGUGAAUUGGAGCUUCUCCGCUUCGACCUUUGAAGAGCUUUUGAACCACACCACUGGGACCAAUUUCAUCCGACUUGGGUUUGCUUCAGCAUCGAUGGGUCGGUCUCGCGGUAACUUCCACAAUUACGAAGAUCCUAAUCCUACCCAG